AUGGCAGUGGCAGAAGAUGAAAACUGGCUACUCACAGUCCUGCUGCUGGGGCUGAUGGCUGUCCUGAAGGCUCAAGAAGAUCCACCUGAUGACCAGGAGGAUUUCUCUGGGAAGUGGUACACAAAGGCCACGGUUUGUGACAGGAACCACACAGAUGGGAAGAGACCCAUGAAAGUGUUCCCUAUGACUGUGACAGCCCUGGAAGGAGGGGACUUAGAGGUCCGGAUAACAUUCCGGGGGAAGGGUCAUUGUCAUUUGAGACGAAUUACGAUGCACAAAACUGAUGAGCCUGGCAAGUACACUACCUUCAAAGGCAAGAAGACCUUCUAUAUUAAGGAGAUUCCUGUAAAGGACCACUACAUCUUCUACUUUGAAGGCCAGCGCCAUGGGAAAUCAUAUCUGAAGGGGAAACUCGUGGACUCUAAGAACAACCCAGAGGCCAUGGAGGAAUUCAAGAAAUUUGUAAAGAGCAAGGGAUUCAGAGAAGAAAACAUUACUGUCCCUGAGCUGUUGGAUGAAUGUGUGCCCGGCAGUGACUAG